GAAGCAAUAGGUCCCCGGGGACUGUUAGGAUGUAAGGACAUUCAAGUACUUGCACAUGAGUUAUUCCUGUUGAAGGAUGCCACCGUCAUUACAGAAUCAAUAGAUGAUAAAAUUGUUGCACUCUGGGAGAAGCUUCCUACUGCAUUUCAGCAAUCGAGAGUUUUGUAUCCUCCACGAUAUAAGAAGCAUGCGGAGCACACUGGCCAUUUUAUGCAGAUGAAGCCAGCAACAACCCACACCCAAACUAUUACACCAGCGCUUGUUAGCCUUAGAAGGUAAGAUUCAUAGAAAUAAGAAUGUUAUUGUAAUGCCGUAAACUGGUUAACCGAGGACAUUACCAAGAGGAUAUACAUCAAAGCUCGUCGAGGUAAAAUCAAUAUUAACAUAUAAACUUAUACAAAAUAAUUGAUUUUUUCGCUGCCUGUGAAUUUGACUUAGAUAAUUGUUUGACUCCCCAGAGCAAUGGUUGGAGGAAAUUCCGGACCGGCUACUUCUGUAGAUGCCAGCCAACUUGUUGAGGCCAUCUGUUCAAAGCUAGAGGCAGUAUACAGCUCCUCGCAAAAGCGGCAAGGCAAAAGUUUCUCCAGGUGGAAAGUUAUCUUGGACAAGUACCAUCAUAUAAGAACUCUCGUGACACACCACGACCGCAUCAUGCAGAAGACCAACAUUCAGCUGUACAAGCUCAACCAAACAACUCUCCUUGCAUGGUGCGUUCUGUUAGGCUGUUGCACUGUUAGUUAAUACUUAAGAAAACUGCACUCUAGUAUAUAGUUUUCAUCUAUUGUCUCCAUAUACAUAGGUGGAAUAAGAGCCAAAAGACUAUGGAGGAGAAGAUACUGAAACAGACCCUGACAACACUGGCAGCCAUGGAAGCAAGCGAACCUCUUCCCCAAGCCAGAAAACUCCUGCCAAAGCCCAUAGAGAGCCAAGCACCCCCAUUCCAGUAUAAUAUAGUUCAGAAUACUCCUAGUGAAAGGCACCUUUACAUACCACUCCCUAACGAGACGCAGCAACAACGACCUGUUGUGUACAAUAGCCCCGACCCGAAAACAGUGCCUAAAUCUACAUUGUACAACCAGAGGAAGAGGGCAGCCGAAGCAGUGUCAACUUCGCAAGAGAAAGAAAGGCGAACUUAUGUUCGAAAAGCGACAUUCAACACGUGUAAACAUUGUAAACUUCCAAAAAUAGUGGAUUAUGGGCAUGGGAAGUAUACUGGGGAAAUGGGGGUCGAAACGUUUUGUCCUUCCGUUGAAGGAAAAAAAUAUCCAAAUAAAGAGACUUGGUUGGAGGCGCGAAACAAAGAAAAUCCUCCUAAAAAGAAAAAGGAGUGA